AUGUCUCUAUCGCCCCAUCCAAACGAGGCGUCUUCUUCACGAAGCACUAACAUGAACACCGAUUUGACCACGCUAGGCAAGAGAGCCAAAUUGUCGCCUCACGAGAGGCAAGCACACGCAAUUUCAAAGUUGCUCGCCAACCCAGACAAAGAGAUUCGCAUCCCGGACGGUCCAAAAGAAAAGUCAAUACGAGCGCCACGAGAUGUGAUGAAGAAUGUGAGCGGCUCGAGUGCUGGUGCUGGAUCAGGCGAAUUUCACAUCUACAAGCAUCAACGUCGGCGAGAGUACGAGCGAAUCCAACUCAUGGAGGAACAGAACAGGAAGCUCUCGGAGCAAGAAGAAUUUGAUCGCAAACGUGCUCAGGCUCAGCAGAAGGACGAGGCGAAAACAGACAAGAACCGCGCCAAGCGCGAGAAGAAGAAGCUGGCCGCCAUCAAAGCACAAGCGGCCGCCAAAGCCAAGCAUACAUCCAAAGCGUCUGAAGCCAGGUCGCAUCAGCCAGACGAAGAACCGGAAUCCAAGAAACAGCGCUUGCACAACGAAGCGGUACAAAGGCUCAAUUUCAAACGCAAAACGGAUUCAUUGUACCCUUCGGGCGACGAAGAUGCAUAA